AUAGAGAAUGCCUGGUGAGGAUUAUGUGCAUAGCUGAUCAGGGAGUGGAGAACUAUUGAAGGUAUUUGAAGAAAUGUUUAAGUCAGGGCAGAGAUGUUUAUUUUGUUUUAAUGAGAAACUUCAAGCUUUUUGUCUAGAGAAGUCAUCUGCAAAAAUAGGAUGAGAAGUCAGAGAUCCAGUGCAUGGAUGGAAGUGGUGGCUUUAACAGGAGGAUUUUAUGUCUCGGGUCCCAGGCCAGGAUAUGCUCACCAUUGUCCCCCUUCUUCCUUUAGGUCCCUCCUAGAUCAGUUGAGGAAACUCCAGGCCAUGGUGACUGAGAUAACAAAUAAAACCAGCAGCAGUAGCACAUGUGCCCUGGUCCUACUGUUCUCCUUCUGCCUCCUGCUUGCACCAGCUAUGUACUCUUCUGACACAAGGGGGAGCCUGCCCACUGAACAUGGAGUGUUGUCCCGCCAGCUUCGUGCCCUCCCCAGUGAGGACCCUCACCAGCUGGAGCUGCCUGCCCUGCAGUCAGAGAUACCAAAGGAUGGCACAAGCCAGUUGCUGUACAACUCAGAUCAUGUGCUCCAGGCCCCUGGCAAUUCUUCCUGUCUGGUGUACUACUUGCCUCAGAUGCUUGACACAGAGCCUCCUUUGCAGUGGCCAUUCCCUGACCUCUUCUCAGAGCCCCCCUGCCUAGGUCCCAUCCUUCCUCUGCAGGCAAAUCUCACAGGAAAGGGGGACAUGGCUCCCCAAGGGUUUGGGGAUCCUCUAUCUGUGUCCAAAUAAGAAGGAACGGGAGACGGCUGGCCUCAGCUCCUGUGCCCUGCUAGGAAGCCCAGAGGCUCAAACACACCACACUCACUGGCUUUCUGGGUCUUUUAUUUAUACCAUUGUGUGUCAAUGACCCCAUGAAUGGACUUGGAGAAAUCAAUUGACCUUGAACAUUUCAUGCAGCAAGGGAAGGGUGAGGGAAGAAAUAAAUUAAGUGAUUCGGA